CGCAAAACGACCAAACAGAGAAACGGGCUGGUUCUAACGUAAACAGGUCUUGGCUAUGAUUCUCCCUUGGAAAAAACGAGAAGAAAACUCUUUAGGCAAAUAUUUGGUUCAUAGUUGAUUGAGCCAGGAGAUUUUUAGCUCUACGAUGCGACUAGCUGAACCAGUCGAAAUCACAUUAAGGCUUUUUUCAACUGCACAUUGUCGACCUAGCUUAAAUGCAUUCGUAUCUUUCUAAGGAACAGCGAGAAAGUUAUCUCAGAGAACUGUUCUACUCUUCGUUUAGCGACCGAAGAGCGAGCGUAGCUACAAGAAAUGAAGAAGUAAAAAGUCUUGGGAAACAUGUGCGGAAAUUGUACAGUUUAAUAGAGGUUGGAAAGGGUCUUUCCCCGGACGCCGAAUCGUCUCUGAAGGAAAUCAUUAAGAUCCGCACGAAAGGAAGGCCUGGCUUCUACGAAACAAAAAUGAUGGCGGAUUAUAAAAAGCUUCUGUUUUUUCGAGGACAAAGGGAAGAAAUGGAGACUAAUAUUGAAGAGCAGCAGUGCUUUCAAUGCAUUCGUAACACAAAAAAGCCAUUAUCUGUGCUUCGCGAAGACGACUGGUAUUGGGGAACAAAGCAACAACUAAGAUGCGGAGAGAUAAUUGCAGACACACUUGGAGGACUUGACCCUGUAUUUGGAGUCUUAUUGUAUCCAGCAGGUAACUAAUACCACCCCACAAAAUCUCGUCACUCCCCUUUCAAGUAAUUGCGUUUUAAUUUGUCUUUUUUCGCCAUAAAAUAUGAGUUAGUUUUGUUCUCUUAUGGUACUUAAUUCUUUCUUGUCUGUAAACUGAAAAGACUUCUCGAUCCCAGGAUCGAAGGGUAGCUGUGAAUGUUCUUUGCGCGCUUUGCGACACAGAUAAUUCUAGCUAAUGCUAGAAUUGGGCUUCUGGCCUGGCCUUAAUCCAUAGAUCAGUAAGAUGCUAUUCAAUUACUGUUACUAUGACACCUGCUUGCUUGUUUGUUUUUUUUGGAGACCACUUCUCUCAGCUUCCCUCAAUAUUUAUUUUAUCAUUUUGUUGAAUAUUCAAAACGACCUACUUGUAUUUUAGGGCGCGGCUAAGGUUAUUAACGCGUAGUAACAACUGAUCCAAGGAACAAGGGAAAAUUGUCUACCACCCUUCGAAUAGCACGGAUCAGUAUAAGCUAUCUAUCGGUAGUGUUUUUAGUGAACUCCGUCAUGAUAGGCUAAAGAAAGCUGAGAUUUAAUCGCCGAAGAGAAAGAGGGUAUGUAGAAUAUAUCGAGGAGGAUCCCUCUAUCUCGAGCUGCUUUGUGUCAUAGAAAAUACAACGCAAUCACUCCCAACCACUGAGAUGAAAACUUGCGGUAUACACCAAGCGCAUAUGAUCCGUUAGGUAUUUCGCAGCAUUUUUAGGAUGUCGCCCGUGAACAUAUUUUCGUUCACGAAUGUACAACAACCUUGUUAAAUAGCAAGGCUUCAGAAAGGUGGUAUGGAUCGCAAGUGGGGAGAAAGGGGAGAGUAGUUAUAGACACAGUAGCACCCGCUCGCCAUUUCUGUGUAGAGUCCUGCAGGAUUCUGGUCCAAUUUUUUAUGAUACCAGGAGCGCUCGCGAGCUCCAGGUAUACAUUCUAUUCAAAGUAGACAGACUGCAAAUUAUAGUAGUUGCUAAAAAUAUAUAUCUACGUGUCCCUACUGUUCAUCAGUAGGAUGCCUAAAAUGCGUGCAAUUCCACAAUUGGUUUCGGCUCCAUUAAAUCCUACACCAAUUGCAGAACAUUUUAGGAGGAGCUACCCACCGUGUGAGCACAGUCGGAGACAACACAUAUAAGUGAGGAAAAUAACGCAAAGCAAAACUAAGACGUUAUUAAACGAACUAAAUGUACACGCAACUUAAAUAAAUAAAUAAAUAAAUAAUGCACGCGCCCAAAAUUACAUUGCGGGUGCACACGUACCAAUAUAUAACUGAAAUAAAAAUCCAAGUAAUAAAUAAGCAAUGUACGGAUACGAUGGUGCAAUUUAAGCCUGAAUUGGUAAUCUCAUUUCCGAAGGGCUGCACCAUACUUAUCGACGAUAAGACCAUGGCGAUUGACGAAUUUAUUAAAUGAGUUCUGAUGUCGAAUUGUUUCAAAGCCUUAAAGUUUCGGUGAUCUAGUUUUAAUGCAUAGCUAUAUUUGUUCAAUUUGCAGGAGGAAGAACAGAGUUUACCAAUCCAAACAACAAACACUUCCGAAUCACGGGCAAAGAACAAGAAGAAAUUGAAGCCAUACUUUACCACACUGCUACCCAUGAUGCCUGCGGCUACCUGAACGAGUACCACCAAAUUGGACCUGGAUACAACUACCUAGGUACCAGAUUAACUGUCGUUCCGACGUGCUUUCCGCAAAGCGGGCGAUUAGCUGCUCUCAUGUUCUGGAAGAAGUUGAUCAAUGAACCUGACACGCCAUUUGAGUAUUAA